GUUGUCUCUUCAAACACAAGCGUCCAUGUCCUCCGGCAUUGGCUUGGCUACCUCUCAUGGGCCUCAAGUCAUUUCGACUCACCUCGACUACUACAAGGUCAUCGCUAGAGGUCAUGGACCCGUGUGACACACUGAGGGCAUAGAGCAGCCGCCAAACAGAUACAGACACAGGGAAGAAUGAGGCUUGCUGGGGGCACGUCGUUGUCGCAGUCACAAGUCCACAGGUUAUGGUCCAAAAUAGGUUACACAUAUUGUUGAGUAGGUAACGAUGGCUCUUCUGAUGCGCCGGAAUCACCGGUCACCGUACGCAGUUAGUGCGGGAUCCAGGGAAAGAGGCAACAAUCAACAUACUCUCGGGACGCCGAGGAGCAAAAUGGCUGAAACGAACGUGUAUUCAUUUGCGCCUACUCUCUCGCUCCAUUGUCUGUUUGUCUGUUUGGAGGAUCUCUAGUGCAGCUCGGGCUAUGAUCGGAGGGUAUGCAUACAUACAACAUCAGCUGGCAGCUAACAGGAAGUGAGGACACAGCUUGCACCCGAAUCCUAGCAGCGUACGCAAUACGCUCUUCUCAUUCCACAUUACAAUUAAGCAUAUACACAAUGUCUGCUGUUCUUGUCACCGGUAUCACUGGCUUCCUCGGUGCCCACGUAGCCCACACAUUCCUCCAACACUCCCACCCCGUCCAUGCCACCCUCCGCUCCCCCGCCAAGCUCGUCCCCUUGCUACAAUCCCCCAUCUUCUCCCCUUUCAUCGCUUCCGGCCAACUCAAGCUGUUCGUAGUGGGCGACUUGGAGGUAGCGGAUUAUGGGGAAGCGAUGAAGGGUGUGGAGAGGGUCGUGCAUACGGCGUUUAAAACAGAUAUUACUGCAACAGAUUUCAGGAAGGGGCUGUUGGACGUUGGGGUGGAUGGGAUGAGGCGGGUGUUUGAUGCGGUGGAUAAGAGUCCGGAGAUUAAGAGUGUUGUCAUUACCAGCAGUAUGGGGGCGUGUAAUGAUAUCAAGACGGCUUGGGAGAAACAGGCGGGAACGGUGGUGACGGAUGAUACCUGGAACUCGUAUACGCUCGAAGAGGUGGAUGAGCUGUGCGCUUCUAAAGCUCCUACCAACGAAGCCGGCUGGAGAACCGGCAUGGUCAUGUACAUGGUCGCCAAGAAAUACGCCGAGCUCUUUGCCUGGGAGCAGUACAAGGCUGCGCAGGCGAGGGGCAAGACGUGGAGUUUGACGGCUAUUAUACCGACUAUGAUUCUUGGGCCGCCUAUCCAACCGAUCACACCGCCUCUCUUGAUGAGCAGCGUCUCAACGAUGGUCAUGUGGCUCCUGGCGCAAGGACCGGAAUCGCAGGUCUUCUCGCCUCCUGCUUCUAUCUGGUUCAUCGACGUACGUGAUUGUGCGGAAGAGCAUUAUCGUGCGGCGAUCAAGGGCAAGACUGGGAGGUACAUCAGCGGCUCUGGCAUAUACGAUUUCCAACAGAUAACCGAGCUCCUCCCCACGCUCUACCCCGACCAAGCCGCCAGGUUUGCGAAAGGAGAGCCGGGGCAGAGGCUUAGUCUCAACCCUGGGUCUUAUCGGAUUGAGAGUAAGAUGCGGGAAGAGUUUGGGGUUGAGUAUCGAGGACUGGAGACGGUUGUGAAGGAUACGUUUGAUAGGCUUUUCGAGUUGGAGAAGCAGGGAUUGUAGUCUUGUCCGUCGCCCGAGUUGUGCUCAUAGUUCUCUUGAUGAUUGCUUGGUAUUGUAGCAUGGUGGUGGUUCUUUGAUUGUGGAUAGAUGUCGCAUAUGUAGAUGUCGUUGAAUUUGUGUACUUGUGAUGCCUACGCGCCCCGACUGGGCAGACGUUAUGAAAUAGAAU